CAUUUCCGGCACCUCCUGGAAAAGUAUCUUGCUUGUGGAGCAGGCGGUACCGUCAGAUCGUGUCUUAUUGCUGCUCCUGGCAUCGUAGACCCUGUCUACGGCCCCCUUUGUUGGGCGGAUCUGAGCCGUGGGCCGGAUGCCAUCGCUCGUGUGAGGGGAGGCUGGAAGAAGCCCCGGCGCGCGCUCCUGGGCCCAAGGCGCGUUCGCGACCGGCGUGGCACAGAUCUGCGCUGCGGGUCCAGCCAGUCGUCCGAGUCCGUAGGGAGGGGGGGAGGCACGUGUGUUCGUGUUUAAAGCAAAAACAAAGCUAAACCAUCAGAUGUUUUAAAGAAAAGCAAAAAAAAAAAAAAAUCCUCUUCAAUUUUUUCUCUGUGAAAAGGGAGAAAAUAAGAAAAAUGUCCCUUUUCCCCAAAAUAUCCUUGAGGCCUGAAGUCGAAGACUACCUCAGGUCGAACUUUAAGAAUGAGGAGAUGGUAACUGCUUUAGGUGUGCAGGAAGCAGAAAAGAAAUUUGAAACCUUGUUAAAUCACUUGUCACAUCCACCAGCAUUCACAACUGUUAGAGUGAAUACUCAUUUAGUGUCUGUGAAACAUGUGAAAGAUUUGCUGCUUGAAGAAAUACAUAAGCAAUUUAAUGGAUUAAGUGUUCCAAUUCUUCAGCACCCAGAUAUUCAAGAUGUAUUACUUAUUCCUGUAAUUGGACCCAGGAACAAUAUAAAUAAGCAGCUCUUAGAAGUCAUUGUUGGAGCCCACUGUGGUAAUGCCGUGCUCAGAGGAGCACAUGUCUAUGUUCCAGGAAUCAUGUCUGCUUCAAAAUUUAUGAAAGCUGGAGAUGUUGUCUCUGUUUAUUCUGAUAUUGAAGGAAAAUGUAAAAAAGGAGCCAAAGAGUUCAGUGGAAAAAAAGUAUUUCUUGGAAAUGGAAUUUCUGAACUGAGUCGCAAUGAAAUUUUCAGUUUGAACAGCCCACUAAAAGGCAUAGGUAUACGAAUGACAGAACCAGUGUAUCUCAGCCCUUCAUUUGACAAUGUACUGUCUAGUUCCUUGUUUUUGCAGAAUUUACCUUCUGUGGUGGUAAGCCAUGUUUUGAAUCCUCAGCCUGGAGAGAAGAUUCUGGAUAUGUGUGCAGCACCUGGAGGAAAAACAACCCAUAUUGCAGCGUUAAUGCGGGAUCAGGGUGAAGUAAUAGCAAUGGACAAAAUACCCAGUAAAGUAGAAAAAAUAAAACAAAAUGCUGCAUUAUUACAAUUGACCUGCAUCAGGGCUUUCUGCUGUAAUGGAACAAAGGCACUUGGGAAGAUAGAGGAUGGACAAGGGGGACCACCAUUCUCACCCGAAUCCUUUGAUCGAAUUCUUCUUGAUGCCCCCUGCAGUGGGAUGGGGCAGAGACCAAACAUGACUUACACUUGGACUCUAAAGGAAGUGAUGUCUUACCAGCCAUUACAAAGGAAACUCUUUUCUGUGGCAGUUCAGCUGCUUAAGCCAGGGGGUGUGCUGGUCUAUAGCACAUGCACAAUAACACUGGCAGAAAAUGAAGAACAGGUGGCUUGGGCCCUCACAGCUUUUCCUUGUCUCCAGCUUCAGCCUCAGGAACCACAUAUUGGAGGAGAAGGAAUGAUGGGGGCUGGCCUAUCACUUGAACAACUGAAACAGCUACAGCGUUUUGAUCCAUCCAUUAUACCAUUAAAGUCCAGUGACAUAACCUCUAUUAGAGAUGCCAGGAGAGAAGACAUGAUUUGGUUAGCAAAUAAGGACUGUAUAGGGUUUUUUAUUGCAAAAUUUGUAAAACGUGAAAGCAUUUAGGAAAAGAAUGAUAAGAAGUCAAAAUUCCACUCAGUGUUUGCUACAUAAAGUAUUAUUGCUAUAUUGUUGUCGGGUCCAGUCUGAUAAUAUGGUUGCUAUAGAAGCAAGAAAAUCUUGCCAAUGAAG